AUAGCCACAUUGGAGAUCUGCAGGACUUCAGGACCAGAGAGGAAUGGAGGAGGACAACCAGGACCAGGAGCAGCGGAGCAACGAGGUCCCCCGAAGACCAGCAGCAGACUGGGCCUCUGAUAGCAGCCAUGUUCAGGAGUGCUCAGCAGACGGAGAGCUGGCCACCGUAGCAGUAAAGGAGGAGGAGGAGGAGGAGACUGCAGCAGCAGUGAAGGAGGAGGAGGAGGAGACUGCAGCAGCAGUAAAGGAGGAAGAGGAGUAUGUGGUGGAGGAGGUUUUGGACCACAGAGUGAUGAAGGGAAGAGUAGAGUUUCUGCUGAAAUGGAAGGGGUUCUCAGAGUAUGUAUGAGUCUAUAAUAAUAAUAA